AUGGCGGCGACAGAGCCGCCAGUGAAUGAGGAUCCGGCAAUGCUCGAUCCGCCUGCGGACCAGGUUGACAGUGACCUCGACGCGGAGGGAGAGGAGGAAACCGACCUGUACCAAAUGGACCAGCAGCUUCAAGAUGCAGUGCAUCGAUCAUACUCCGGAGAAGUAGCCGAGGAAGAUGCCAAUGAUGAGGCGCACUUGGGCAAGAAGGGUGUGUUAGAAGGUGGCGAUGGUGAUGAUGACGAUGAUGAUGAGACCGAACCGGUCGGUGCUGUGAAGGGUUUAGAUGAUGAUGCGUCCUCGGAGGCUGAAUCUGGAAUUGCUGAUGGGGAGGGAGAAGCAGACUCUGCAUUUGAAGAUGACAAUGACCGGGAUGCUUCCGAGUCCGAUUCGGCACCAGAAGAGGAAGAGGAAGGGGAUUGGGAGGCAGAGAGCAACGGACGCGAAGAUGAAGAAGAUGCCGAUAACCGCAGCCGUGUGAUAUGCAUGUUUUGCAGUCAAGACGAAGAACACGAUCCAGGUGAGGAUUUCGAAGAAUGGCUCACUUGUACUGGUUGUGGCGAUCACUCUCAUCGGCAAUGCGCUCGCGAUCAAGAAGCAUUCGGCGAUUCAGAAGAUCCCUGGAAAUGUCUCCCUUGUCGUGACAAUCGAUCGGUCUCUAACCACGCCGAGACUCAGACGCCAAACGCUAGGGGCGGAGCUCCCUAUCUUAAAAAGGAGCUCAUGCCGGCCCAUGUGGGAAAAGAGGGUUCCGAUUUUCAUUCCAUAUUCGAUACCAACAUUAGCGACGAAUUAUUGAACAGCUCGCGAUCAUUACGCAAGAGGAAAGCUUCAUCUGCUGAUGCCGACGAGCAUGUCCCGGUGCUUAGAAAGCGACGGCGACAAACAGAUCACCCGGAUGAAAACGAAGUUUCUCUCCAGAACGGCGGUGAUGUAGCCACCGAAGAAUCCCGCUCGGUGCGCCCGAGACGAACCCGCGGAGUUGAGCGAGAACAUUGCCGGAUAGUGUCCAAGCAAUUUCACAAACUCGUCGUUGGAUUCCGGCUAGACGAAAACAAAGUCGGUCGGAUCCUCAGUACACAAAGCCGACCGAAGCGAAGUCAUAAAAAGAAAGUCCCGAAGCCCGCGGCCGCCGCACAAGAACUACAAGCUCAUUUCGCCCCGAUUCCGCCCGCCCCUCACAACUACUUUGCUCCUAUCAAUGACCGAGACAGUGAUGAGGCUAAGAAGCCAUACGGCGGCAUUUUGACUGAGAUCGAAUCAGACACAACAAAGACUCUGCCCUUACAGGGUGACCGGGAAAAGUUUGAGUCGGCCCGUCAAAAGGCCGAAGAAGAAUGGCAGCGCCGUGUACGAGAAGCAGAACUGAAUGGUGAAGCGGCACCGACUGCAUCAGCCAAGGUGUCUGGUCCACCUUCCAAGAUCAAGCACAUCAACUUUGGUGGUUACGAGAUCGAGACCUGGUACGCUGCACCCUACCCGGAAGAGUAUAGCCGCAAUCGGGUACUCUAUAUCUGUGAAUUUUGCCUCAAAUACAUGAAUUCGGAUUAUGUCGCUUGGCGACACAAGCUCAAGUGUCCUGCCAAACACCCACCCGGCGACGAGAUCUAUCGCGAUGGCUCAAUCUCGAUAUUCGAGGUUGACGGAAGAAAGAACCCCGUUUACUGUCAAAACCUGUGUCUUCUUGCCAAGCUAUUCCUCGGCUCUAAGACCCUUUACUACGAUGUUGAACCGUUCUUGUUUUAUGUCAUGAGUGAGUACGACGAUCUUGGAUGUCACUUUGUUGGCUAUUUCAGCAAAGAGAAGCGCCCAAGUUCGGCAAACAAUGUCUCGUGUAUUCUUACCCUCCCCAUCCACCAACGCAAAGGUUACGGCAACCUCCUCAUUGACUUUUCAUAUCUUCUCACCCGCAUUGAAGGCAAAAGCGGAUCACCCGAGAAGCCCCUCUCAGAUAUGGGUCUUGUUUCCUACCGCAACUAUUGGCGUCUAAUCCUAUCCUACCAACUUCGAGACCUCAAAACACCCAUCAGUAUUGCUGAUCUCUCCGACCGCACAGGCAUGACCGCCGAUGAUCUCGUGUCUGCUCUUGAGGGACUCCGUGCUCUUGUACGGGACCCUGUCACGAAAACUUAUGCAUUCCGUCUUGAUACCAAGUACUUCGAGGAGGUCAUCCAAAAUUGGGAGAGCAAAGGCUAUGUCACACUAAACCCGGAUGCACUGCUUUGGACUCCUUACAUCAUGGGUCGGAACAAUCAGACGCAUUUCGACCGUGCCCCUCUCCACGCUGUUGCACCCCGAGAAGAUAUCGACGAGGAAGAGGAAGAGGAAGAGGACGGAUUAGAAACAAAAGCGAACGGGACCAGUGACGAAGAGCUAGCCUUAAACGGGAUUAAUGCAGACAAUCUCGGAGAUUCCGCUGGUCCUCCUUCCACGUCACUCAUGCAAACCAACGGCAUGCACGAGUUUGAACACAAUGAGGAUCCCAUACCAAACCCUGCCGCCGGUAUCCCAGCAGCACGGUUUGAACUUUGGCCUCCCGUGCAUGUACCUCCGGCGUCCAAACGCAAGCCUGGUCGUCCACAUGGUACCAAAAUAACCUCUCGGCCUUCAAUGACCCCGACCACCACUCGAACUAGUGGUCGCAAUACUCCUCGACGACCGUCAGGGCUACCGCCGUUGUUCACUCCUUCGACCAACACCCCUCAGCGCCGCGGUCGUAGCGCGAAGAUGCCAGACCCAGAGGCAACUCCCAAUCAAACUAACGGCGUGGACCCUGACGAAGAUGAAAUUAUGGACGAGGAGGCUGUGCUAGACCCUAGCCCUGAGGAUCUUGGUCUUGUCAUCGAUGAGACCUCGGAAGCCGGCAAGGCAACCGAACAGGUCAAUGGGAUGGCCGACGAAGAUGAUGAUGCCGACGCUGAUGCCGACGCCGAAGGGGAGCCAGAGGAAGCGAUCGAAACAAAUGGGGUUGAACACGAAGAACCCGCAAUCGAACAGCCACCCAAGACUCCAAAGAAGUCCAAAUCGAAAUCGAAAUCCCAAUCCCCCGGCACAGCAGUUUCACACCGUUCCCGGGGAAAGCAGUCCGACAAUCAUCCCAAAACUCCGCAAUCAGUCAGUCGAAAAGCACUUGUCGAGAAGAUCCAAGUCGUCAUACCUGUGGACCCUGGGUCGGCCGACAGGAAAGCGAACAAGACUGCGGUCAACACCAAUACCAAUACCAACGGCAUCGACCCGGACCUAGAUGCCGAAGGUGAAGACGACCCGGACGCUGAUGGCGAAUACGAAGUAGACGGCGACGUGGUGAUGGGGACAUAA